AUGCUGGCAACGAGAGAAGCUCUCCGUUUUGAGGCCUACCAAGAAAUUGAAGACGCUGGAGAGGUAGGGCCUGCAGAGCUCUCGGUGGUGCUGUGCAGCGACAAGCACAUCACACAGCUGAACUCGGAGUGGCGGAACAAAGCCGAGCCCACAGAUGUGCUCUCCUUUGGCAUGGACAUGGACGCCUCUGACGGGUACCCAGUCCGGCUCCUCGGCGAUCUUGUCAUCUCCCUCGAUACAGCUGAACAACAGGCGCAGGAACGAGGGUAUGGCUUGUUGGAUGAGUGCCGGGUGCUGUUGGUGCACGGACUGCUGCACCUGCUGGGGUAUGACCAUGAGAUCGGCGUGGAAGAGGCAACGGCCAUGGCCGCAGCCGAGCGCCACAUUCUGGACACUCUUGGCUGGAAGGGAGAAGGUUUGAUAGCGGCAGCCGAGAGCUCAAGUGCAACGGAUGGGAUCAGCAGAGAGGAAGCUGAUGACGUCAUAAGCAGGGGUAUAAGCAGGCAAGGCGACAGUGACGUGGAGGCUUCAACAUCAUACAGCAUGGAAUCUGGCACCAGAACGCUGCUGGAUGCGCGCAGCAAGGUGCUGCCCUCCUCUGUGCAGGCGCUGCGAGCUGCAAUUAAUGCAGGCGUUAGGAUCUGUCUGGCCACCGGCAAAGCGCGGCCCGCAGCCAUUGCUGCCAUGCAGCCUGUCGGACUCGCGGGUGAAGGCUUGGUAGUGUCGUCCAAGGGUCCAGGCAUCUUCCUGCAAGGACUGGCUGUGCAUGGGAAGGACGGAGCGCUCUUACCCGGAGAGGAUUUGCCGGGAUCUAUCGUGCAGUCAGCUUUCCAGUAUUCGGUGGAAAGGGGUGUGCCGCUCUGUGCCUUUCUGGGAGACACCUGUGCGACUUUGCGCAUGACUGACGAGCUCCAGGACCUUCAUCAGACAUACUAUGAGCCUCUCGCCCGGGUGGCGUCCUCUCUGGAUGAGAUCCUUGCAGGGCCGCCAGUCAAGAAGCUCCUCUUCAUGACUGAUCCAAGCAUUGUGGACCGGCAGCUGCGACCUCAUUGGGAGGCAGCGCUGGAGGGCAGAGGGGCAGAGGUGAUGCAAGCAGUCCCCACAAUGUUGGAGCUUGUGCCCAGGGGAGUCAACAAGUGGGUGGGGCUACAAGCGCUGCUUUUGGACCUGGAUCUCCCCAGAGAGGCUGUGAUGGCCAUUGGGGACGGCGGCAAUGACCUUCACAUCGUUGCCAAUGCCGGCCUUGGUGUUGCCAUGGGCAACGCUAUGCCCGUGGUGAAGGAGGCUGCGGCGGUGGUAGUGGCAAACAAUGAUGAGGAUGGCGUAGCAGAGGCAAUCGAGCGCUUUGUGUUGUGA